AAAAAGCAAAAAUCCGAAAGUAGUGGGAACUUUAUUUGUUUAUUUUUUCUUAUUUAAAAAAAUAUGUAAAAAACCUGUGGUGAGCGGUGAGUGACCCACACAGCACCCAAUUCUCUGGAGACUCAAAGAUUAUGAACCACAGACCGUCACAGACACUUCUCAGAUUUAAAUCACUGGUGACUCUUUCCCUGGAGUUGCGUUGAAGCAAUGAAACAAAUCCAUCUAUUGUAUAGCAAAUGAGGACUAAAAAUUUCCUAAUAACAUCAUGUGUGAUCAUUAUUAUAAGUUUGGUGUUUAUCAUAUUUGGCCAAAGUAAACCUGAGGCUAUACAAAAUAUUGUGUCGAGCACAAAUGAACAAAUACAAAAUUUUAAGGAUAACUUAAGAGACGCAGAAACUAAAACAUUAAUCACCAAUCAAAAAUUACUAGAUUCCUUAGGCUUCUCGGAAGAAAAUCCUAGAUUAUAUCCAAAAGAUAUAUGGAGAAAUACAUCAUUACCCGUAGUAGUUACUUAUGUGCUGGAAGGACAAGAAAGUCAAGCUGUUGGAUUUAUUGCCAACAUUCCAAGAGUUUUACCUAACAACACUAUCUUAAUUUAUAAUUUAGGAGUUACGGAUGGUGGUUUAAAAAUAUUACAGAAUUAUUGCAAUAGUUCUAGAUGUCAAAUUAUUACUUUAGAUCUAUAUACUUUUCCUUCUCACAUUUUGGAUGAAAAGUUACAUGCCUACAGACCUGUGGUAAUACAGGAUGCUUUAAGUCAUACAGGUGCCAUACUCUUUAUAGAAUGCAACUAUAGAUUUAUGCAUGAUGUCACACAAUCAAUGAUUAUGGAUAUUUAUGAGAAUCAAGUUCUAAAACAAGGAGUUUUGACUUUCAUGUUAAAAACAAAAAGUCCUGUUACCAGUUUAACGCACAAGAAAAUGUUCGAAUAUUUCCGGACAGAUGCAGAAAAUUUUCAGUUUUUACAAAUGGUUCAAGCAAAUGUAAUAUUUUUAAUUAACACACCAGAAGUUCACAAACAAAUAAUGUUACCUUGGGUGCAAUGUGCUCUAACACAAGAUUGCAUAUUCCCUAUUGGAGCGCAAUCAGUUGGUUGCAGAUUUGAUAAAAAGCCAUCUUACAGAUAUUCGGGGUGCCAUUUUUAUGAUGUGUCAGCUUUGAAUGUAGUGCUUGGAUUGAGAUUUAAAUUCACGAGCGAAGAAUACACUUUUGGGACUCAAAUUAAUUUUUUUACAGAAGUACUAUUGGAAAAAGCUGAUGAAAUGUUGAGGGAAUUAGAGUUAAACAGUACGACUGAAAGUCAUCUACAAUUUGUGACAAAUUAGAAUUAGUGCAGCAACCAAAAAUUUUUUUUGUGAUACCAUGUUUUGGAUAAGAUAGUUUAGUUUUAGAGUAGAAAUAUUGUUAUAUAAUAGGAUAUUCUUUGAAAAAGUAACCUUUCCUAUUUUUUUUAUUAACAUUUGACUCCUUAAAUUUUUAGGUACCUCCUACUUAGCACCAUUUUUUCUACCAUUUAUUUUUACUUGAGGCCAUCCACAGUGCCAUAAAAAAAAAAACAACUUUGGCAAUGACUCAAUUGAACAAAGCACAGCCAAUCACCUAGUAGGUACAAAAUUUCAGUGCUAGAUGAAAAACACAAUUACCCCAUUAAUUAAUAUGGGAGAAUCAUUUGUAGGAAAAUGACCUGCUAUGGUUAUUAAUUUAUUUUGGAGCCAGAUAAAUUUAGUUCUAGUAAACCAAAAUGGCCAUAUCCUCGUCAGUUUUACUAGCUGACACUAGCGAUAGAUAAUAUUCAUCAAGACAAAUUUGAAAAAUGAACCAUAAUUUUUCUAAUAAACUGUGGAUUGACUGAAGAAUAAUUUAUGGUUAAUUUGAAAAGUCAAAUGUUAACUGGAAAGUAAAUAGCAAUUACAUAUUUAUGUUGGAUUUAUUUAAAGAAAAAAAUUAAGUGAUGUCUGACUAUGUUUGUUGAAUUUAAAAUUUUAUUUUUAUAACAGAAGGCAGCAUACUUUUAAUAUAAAUACCUCUACAAAAGUAGUACCUUUGCAAACUCAUAAUUGUUUUUUGAACUAAUAACAAUAACACAAUUGAUAUACAUACCUAGCUAACAUCACUUACUGUAUUUUUGAUUUGAGUUAAUUAAAUUGAUAUUUGCACACUUUUCUUGUUGUUUUAUUAGCCAUAGUCAAUAUUCAAUAAUUCCUUAAGCCUUUGUUCUUCAACAUUUUAAACAGAAAGUUUGGAAAAUUAUUUAUGGUGACAUUAAAAAUAAGAGAUGGAGUCAAGUAAAUAUUUUCUGCAAUAAUACUAAAACUUGAGGAAAGAUAUUUUAUUUUUGUUUGAGAAUAUGUUAUGGAAUACGUGUAUAAUUUCAAAAUACAUAUGUUGAAGUAUACUUUUACAAAACUAGAUGAUAAAAUAAAUACUGAUCUUUAGCAUUUUACAACAUAGAUUAAUAACCAAUAAUUAUAGACUCUCUGGUAACAUAUUUUGAUCACUUUGGCCUGGUUUAUUCAUCUUCAGGUUCAUUGGUCGACAAACAACUGACCGACCAAUGGAAUUACAGAUUGCGUUUUUAUCCGACAGAUUGCAUACCUGACAGUUUAUCAGAAGGUGAAUAAACGGGCCCUUAAACUAAUAACUAACUCUAAUAUUGAGCCUUAUAACACAGUUAUACUUAGGAACUGAUCCUUCUCUAAACCUAUUACAAUCUUAGUCACAUUUUAUCCUAAUUUUUUUAUUUUUAUAAAAUUAGACUAAUUUUUACAUAAAAAACAUUGUUUAAAUCCCCUACUUUCAUAAGUGGAAGUUUGUGUAAAUUUUGGAUGUUUCAAUGAUAGCUGAUGAUCAACAAUUUUGAGCAUCUCUUCUAUGUGAUGGUCUUUGUAAUGUUUUUGAAAUACAUCGCAAAUACUUUGUAUGUACCAAGUCCCAGAUUUGGGGUCACGAUUUGAUAAGUACC